AUGACUUCGAAUCAAUUCACCGUCUCUUCUCCGCCAACGGAUGCUAUCUCCGCACUAAAGUUCUCUCCCGCUCCGGAUUCUACGCGGCUCGUCGUAUCGUCAUGGGAUAAGAACGUAUAUGUCUAUGAUUUGCGGGACGAGAACGGGAACUCGGGCGAGGGAAAGCUAUUACAGAAGUUUGAGCACCGCGCUCCCGUGCUGGAUGUAUGUUUUGGCGCCACGGAGGACGAGAUCUACACAGCUGGUUUGGAUUGGGACGUGAGGAGAAUUGAUCUGGCCACAUCGGCCCAAACCGUUCUCAGCAGCCAUGACGCGGGCGUUCGAAGUGUCGUUUAUAGUAAAGAGCACAACAUGGUCAUCUCCGCAUCAUGGGACACCACCCUACACGUUCAUCGCAUGAGCGACGAUCAAAGCACCGUCGCCGCGUCUACGAUUAUUCCUCUACCUUCUAAACCAUUUUCCAUGUCUCUCACAGCGACGAAGCUUGUCGUCGCCAUGGCUUCACGAACACUACAUAUUUACGACCUGAAAGCCCUCUCUAUCUUGACAGGCGAAUCAGAAGGGCCAAAUCCUAGCAAGGUCGAGGUGGAACCAUGGCAGCGACGAGAGAGCAGCCUGAAGUUUAUGACGCGAUCUGUGGCAUGUAUGCCGGAUGACGCUGGGUACGCAUCGUCAAGCAUUGAAGGCCGAGUCGCUGUGGAAUGGUUCGACCCAUCUGCUGAGUCGCAGGCGCGCAAGUACGCUUUCAAGUGCCACCGACAAGCAUCAGAGGACGUCGAUGUUGUCUAUCCGGUUAAUGCGUUGGCAUUCCAUCCUAUUCAUGGAACAUUUGCAUCUGGAGGUGGUGAUGGUGUGGUGGCUCUUUGGGAUGGUAUCGCGAAGAGGCGAAUCAGGCAGUACCAAAAGUACCCUUCCAGCGUGGCCGCAGUGGCAUUCAGCUCCAACGGCAAAUACCUCGCGAUUGCCAUCAGCCCUGGAUAUGAGAGUGGCAAGGACGACGUUGUCGACGGGACGGUCAGGAUUUAUGUGCGGGAACUCGGGGAGACUGAAGCAAAGGGAAAGGGUACGAAAUAG